AUGGACUCAGCUCUUCACGAUGCCGAGACUCGAUUUAUCGAGCUCCACCCAGAAUCGCAACGCCUGCAUAAGCUAUCACUCGAUAGCUUACCAGGAGGGAAUACCCGGACUCUGCUGCACACAGCACCAUUUCCAAUCUUUAUGCGCAAGGGCAAAGGAUCAGAACUGUGGGACGAGGAUGGGAACAAAUACUAUGAUCUAGUCGGCGAAUUGUCCGCUGGACUAUAUGGACAUUCCAACCCAACGCUACAAAAGGUGUUGACAGAGACCGUGCAGAAUGUCGGGUUGAGUCUUGGAGCAACGAAUGUCUACGAGCAGCGAUAUGCUUCGUUGCUAUGUGAACGAUUCGGACUUGAACGAGUUCGUUUCACAAACUCCGGAACAGAAGCAAACAUACACUGUCUUGCUGCAGCAAGGAAAUUCACCGGCCGUCGUAAGAUCAUCGUCUUCCGCGGAGCCUAUCAUGGUAGUGUGCUGUCCUUUGGGUCUGGCGUCGCGGAAAACAAUAUCGACCAGGCGGACUGGGUACUACUACAAUACAAUGAUUCUGAGGGUGUUCGGGAAGCUUUUUCCCAAAAUAGUGAUGUUGCCGCCGUCAUUCUAGAGGGGAUCCAAGGGUCUGGUGGGUUCAUUUCCGCAUCCCCGGAGUUUCUUCGAACAGUUCGCGAGGAGAGUGAGAGAAGAGGCGCCUUAAUGAUUCUGGAUGAGGUGAUGACAUCCCGGUUGGCACUAGGGGGACUAAAAGAGAUGCUUGAAAUCAAGCCUGAUCUUAUCACUUUGGGCAAGUAUCUGGGCGGAGGCCUCCCAUUCGGUGCAUUCGGUGGCCGAGGAGAUAUCAUGGAUGUUUUCAACCCUCUCACGCGCGGGGCUUUGGCCCACUCUGGCACAUUCCAGAACAACACUUUGAUGCUGCACUCCGGGUAUGCGGGACUCUCUGAAGUGUACACGGCUGAAGUUGUUCAGUCGCUCAAUGCUUUAGGCGAUGGCUUGCGCCAGCGCUUGCAACAGGUCUUUGCGGAAUCCAAGUUCUGCGUCACUGGCCAGGGUUCUCUUAUGUGCGUACACAUCACUGAGACAGGGCUUCGCGCGGAGCAGAUCACCUGUCAAGAUGAUGUUGCUGCGGUUGAGGCGGUGGAUCUCAAGCAGCUUUUCUGGUUAGAACUGGUGAAUGCUGGGUUCUGGGUUCAGAAACGAGGGACUAUCACCUUGAAUAUUGCCAUGUCUACCACAGCUCUUGAUGCAUUCGUUGAAGCCGUCGAAGAAUUCUGCAAAAAGCAUAAAUCCUUGAUUGUAGUUUAG